AUGACAGACGUGUGUAUCCAUCCUUUUCUGACUGACUGCACUGUAAUUCCUGCACGGAAAAACACGCGCAUUUUCGCAAAUAAAAAUCUAAAAAUCGCGUUUCGUUCUAGAAAUAAAUUCCUCCGGAGUACUUUCUUGCUUCGGAGGGACGAGGGACUUUUAGACUGACAGCGUAAAAAGCUCGGGACUCGGAAUCUCGUUUCCUCCCGGUUGACAAGGGCAGAGCCGUAUCGAUCUCCCGGUUGUCUAUCGACGUUAACUUAAAGGUACCUUUUCCCCUCUGGUUGACAGAGCUUUGCCAAGCGGCGACGAAGAUCCAGGCAUCUUUCCGUGGCCACAUGUCGAGAAAGGAGCAGGCUACAGCCCUUGUGAAAUCGGCGGAGAACGCCGUCGAGGACUUGGAGGACAAGCCGAAUCGAAUGUUCACUUCAGCAACAGAUAACGUUGUUUUAACAAAACUAACGGCAUGCGUCACUGUUGGAAACUUCGCAAUCGAUCCGUACGCUGCAACUAUAGCCGAGCAUCGUUACAUGCCCGUUCAGCAGGGAAUUCACCUUUAG